GACAAGGUUCCUGACGCUGAGCACAAGGCUCCUGACGCUGAAGACAAGGUUCGUGAUGCUGAGGACAAGGUAGCUCAGGCUGAGGACAAGGUACCUGACGCUGAGGAGAAGGUACCUCACCCUGAAGACAAGCUUCCUGACGCUGAGAACAAAGUUGCUGACGCUGAGGACAAGAUUCCUGACGCCGAGGACAAGCUUCCUGACGCUGAGGUCAAGGUUCCUGACGCUGAGGACAAGGUUCCUGACGCUGAGGAAAAGGUUCCUGAUGCUGAGGACAAGGUUCCUAAUGCUGAGGACAAGGUCCUGACGCUGAGGAAAAGGUACCUCACGCUGACGACAAGCUUCCUGACGCUGAGGACAAGUUGCUCACGCUGAGCAAAAGGUUCCUGACCCUGAGGACAAGGUUCCUGUCGCUGAGGACAAGGUUCCUGACGCUGAGCACAAGGUUCCUCACGCUGAGGACAAGGUUCCUGACGCUGAGGACAAGUUCCUCACGCUGAGGACAAGGUUCCUGACCCUGAGGACAAGGUUCCCGAUGCUGAGGACAAGGUUCCUGACGCUGAGGACAAGGUGCCUGGUGCUGAGGACAAGGUUCCUGACGCUGAGGACAAGGUUCCUGACGCUGACGAAAAGGUUCCUGACGCUGAGGACAAGGUUCCUGACGCUGAGGACAAGUUUCCUGACACUAACGACAAGGUUCCUGACGCUGAGGAAAGGUUCCUGACGCUGCGGACAGCGUUCCUGACGCUGAGGACAAGGUGCCUGAUGCUGAGUUUAAGGUUCCUGACGCUGAGGACAAGGUUCCUGAUGCUGAGGACAAGGUUCCUGACGCUGAGGACAAGGUUCCUUACGCUGAGGAAAAGGUUCCUGUCGCUGAGGACAAGGCUCCUAACGCUGAAGACAAGGUUCCUGACGCUGAGGACAAGGUACGUCACGCUGAGGCAAGGUACCUCACGCUGAAGACAAGGUUCCUGACGCUGAGGACAAGGUUCCUGAGACUGAGGACAAGCUUCCUGACGCUCAGGACAAGGUUCCUGACGCAGAGGAUAAGCUUACUGCCGCUGAGGACAAGGUUCCUGAAGCUGAGGACAAGGAUCCUGACGCUGAGGACAAGGUUCCUGAUGCAGAGGACAAGGUUCCUGACGCUGAGGAAAAGGUUCCUGACGCUGCGGACAAGGUACCUCACUCUGAGGACAAGGUUUCAGAGGCUGAAGACAAAGUGUCUGAUGCUGAGUUUAAGGUUCCUGACCCUGAGGACAAGGUUCCUAACGCUGAAGACAAGGUUCCUGACGCUUAGGACAAGGCUCCUGACGCUGAAGACAAGGUUCCUGAUGCUGAGGACAAGGUACCUCACGCUGAGGACAAGGUUCCUGACGCUGAGGACAAGGUACCGCACUCUGAGAACAAGGUUCCUGACGCUGAGCACAAGGUUCCUGACGCUGAGGACAAGGCUCCUGACGCUGAAGACAAGGUUCCUGAUGAUGAGGACAAGGUACCUCACGCAGAGGACAAGGUUCCUGACGCUGAGGACAAGGUACCUCACUCUGAGGACAAGGUUCCUGACGUGAGGACAAGGUUCCUGACGCUGAGGACAACGUACCUCACGCUGAGGACAAGGUUCCUGACGCUGAGGACAAGGUUCCUGACGCUGAAGACAAGGUGCUGAUGCUGAGUUUAAGGUUCCUGACGCUGAGGACAAGGUUCCUAACGUUGAGGACAAGGUUCCUGACACUGAGGACAAGGUACCUCACGCUGAGGACAAGGUAUCUAACGCUGAGGACAAGGUUUCUGACGCUGAGGACAAGGUUCCUGAAGCUGGGGACAAGGUCCCUGACGCUGAGGACAAGGUACCUCACGAUGACGACAACCUUCCUGACGCUGAGUUCAAGGUACCUCACCGUGAGCACAAGUUUCCUGACGCUGAGGAGAAGUUCCUCACGCUGAGGACAAGGUUCCUCACGCUGAGGACAAGGUUCCUGACGCUGAGGACAAGGUACCUCACGAUGACGACAAGCUUCCUGACGCUGAGGUCAAGGUACCUCACGGUGAGCACAAGGUUCCUGACGCUGAGGACAAGGUUUCUGACGCUGAGGACAAGGUUCCUCACGCUGAGGACCAGGUUCCUGACGCUGAGGACAAGUUCCUCACGCUGCGGACAAGGUUCCUGACGCUGAGGACUAGGUUCCCGAUGCUGAGGGCAAGGUUCCUGACGCUGACGACAAGGUGCCUGAUGCUGAGGACAAGGUUCCUGACGCUGAGGACAAGGUUUCUGACGCUGAGGACAAGGUUCCUCACGCUGAGGACAAGGUUCCUGACGCUGAGGACAAGGUUCCUGACGCUGAGGACAAGGUUCCUGACGCUGAGCCAAGGUUCCUAACGCUGACAACAAGGUACCUCACCAUGAGAACAAUGUUCCUGACGUUGAGGGCAAGGUUCCUGACGCUGAAAACAAGGUUACUGACGCUGAGGAAAAGGUUCCUGAUGCUAAGGACAAGGUUCCUGACGCUGAAGACAAGGUUCCUGACGCUGAGCGAAAGGUUCCUGACGCUGAGGACAAGGUUCCUGACGCUGAGGACAAGGUUCAUGACGCUGAGGACAAGGUACCUCACGCUGAGGACAAGAUUCCUGACGCUGAGGACAAGUUCCUCACGCUGAGGACAAGGUUCUUGACGCUGAAGACAAGGUUCCCGAUGCUGAGGACAAGGUUCCUGACGCUGAGGACAAGGUGCCUGAUGCUGACGACAAGGUUCCUGACGCUGAGGACUAGGUUCCGAUUCUGAGGGCAAGGUUCCUGACGCUGAGCACAAGGUGCCUGAUGCUGAGGACAAGGUUCCUGACGCUGAGGACAAGGUCCUGACGCUGAGGACAAGGUACCUCACGAUGACGACAAGCUUCCUGACGCUGAGGUCAAGGUACCUCACGGUGAGCAAUAGGUUCCUGACGCUGAGGACAAGGUUCCUGACGCUGAGGACAAGGUUCCUCACGCUGAGGACAAGGUUCCUCACGCUGAGGACAAGAUCCUCACGCGGAGGAGAAGGUUCCUGACGUUGAGGACUAGGUUCCCGAUGCUGAGGGCAAGGUUCCUGACGCUGAGGACAAGGUGGCUGAUGCUGAGCACAAGGUUCCUGACGCUGAGGACAAGGUUUCUGACGCUGAGGACAAGGUUCCUCACAUUGAGGACAAGGUUCCUGACGCUGAGGACAAGGUUCCUGAGACUGCGGACAAGGUUCCUCACGCUGAGGACAAGGUUCCUGACGCUGAAGACAAGGUUCCUGACGCUGAGGCAAGGUUCCUAACGCUGACGACAAGGUACCUCACGAUGAGAACAAUGUUCCUGACGCUGAGGGCAAGGUUCCUGACUCUGAGAACAAGGUUACUGACGCUGAGGAAAAGGUUCCUGAUGCUAAGGACAAGGUUCCUGACGCUGAAGACAAGGUUCCUGACACUGAGCAAAAGGUUCCUGACGCUGAGGACAAGGUUCCUGACGCUGAGGACAAGGUUCCUGACGCUGAGGACAAGGUUCCUGACGCUGAGGACAAGGUUCCUGACGCUGAGGGCAAGGCUCGUGACGAUGAGGACAAGGAUCCUGACGCUCAACAGUGGCGGCGCCAGGCUUCCGAAUUUGGGGGCAUUUGAAGGGCAAACUCAAAUUUUGGGGGGAAGAUAGAAUUUUUAAAAAGGUCGCCCCCCAGGAAAUUCCCCCCCCCCCCGCAAAACGUGGCGAUAUUCCUAGGAAUAUCGCCCCCGGGAGCGUAUAUUCUAGGAAUAUCGCCUCCCAGGGGGGUGGUGCGAAUACCCUAGGAAUAUCGCAACUCUUUAGGACAUUCGCCCCCCAUAUAUGCGAUGUGGUUUAUUCAAAUAAUUUCGUGAUACUUUCAUCUUAUUAUUGCCUUACACGUUUGACAAUUUAACUCUGCAAAACUAAAGCUUUUCUGUCUUUUUUUUGAAACGUAUUAUUGGAGUAUUGGCAAGUUUUACCAUUCAGAGAUUUACAAAGUAAUAUUGAAACUGUAAACCUUUAGUCGCUCUUAGUGAUUAAUAAUUUUUUUUGAGGGGGGCAAAAUGGGGGGGGGGGAAAUAAUUGGGGGGGGGCAUUUGCCCCCCUCCCUGGCGCCGCCUCUGACGCUGAGGACAAGGGACACCGCCGUGGCUAAACGGUUUACUGAAAUCUGGUGUCCUUUAUAGCCACACACCACCGUGGCUAAAAAGUAUGCUGAAAUCUGGUAUCCUUUCAUAUAGCCAUACUGAAAUCCGGUAUCCUUUAUAUGACUACACUGCGACGUAGCUAUCAGGUAUACUGAAAUCUGGUAUCAUUGAAAAUUAAUGUUCCAGGCCCAGGGGGUGAAUGCCUCUCUUUAGAGGUCUUUAGAGCACUUGCUCGAAGCCCUGGGCCCUGGGAUUCUGGGAACGAGAAUGGGGAACGGGGAACUAUAAAUUAUGCUAUUAUUCCUAUUCCCAGACCCCCGUCAUUUUAAAGUAACUCGGAAUUUGUCGACUUGAAUCGCACAGAGCCGAGAUCCCGACGGAGUGCCGGGCAUUUCCGAAUUUUAAAUUUACCGCGUGGUGAAGAAUUAUGUCGCAAAGCAAGGAAGAAAAAUGGAGGACAUUUUUUUAUCAAUUUCACCUUUAUUGAAAGGUAAUAUGCUUUAUUUAAUAUCAAUCUUUGCAGUAGAGUACUUAGACUGCCGACAUAGAUGGAAAUUUAGGACAUCGAACCGGAAUUUAAUGCGAUAUUUCGGCAUAAAGUUUGUGCUUUUGCUUUGCACGUGGUUCGCUUGAUGGGCGAUUGUCGAAUUUUAAACCGUGUUUUAGUUCAUAAUUGUUGUCAAUACUAUAGACUAAGAGAGUAAAAGACUAAUUAAGAUCUAGAAUUGAUAAAGAUGUCGAAAAAAGGUGUUAUCUCUGAGUUCUUGCCGAAAAUUUUUUUAUGACAAGGUGCUUGGUGGCACUAAUAUUUCAAUUCUAUAUUUUCAUCAGCUUGUACAUUUCAAAUAAUCUUGUGUUUUUGUUCAUUUAUUUGCAGAAAAAAGCCUUGCUUUAGCAACAUUACAACGUAUUUGCUUCUUGCUUGCAAAACAAAAAAUUGAAAAUAAAAAUAAAAUUUAAUUAAAAAUAAAACUAAGUGAAAAUUGCUACAAUAAGGCAAAAUCCAGAAUUGUGUUUCUUGACGUCACCGCAGGCUGGUGUAAAUUUUGAUUGUGAAAGGCUAGGAGGCGCUCUAGGUGGAGCUUCUUGGUUUAUCCCAUACCUGGUGUUAAAAGCAGCUUUCUGAUUGGUUUAGAGCAGGUGAGCUUGUCGUCGGGCUCACCUGCCUUUCGCCGAACUCACCUGCUUUUUCACCGAACUCACCCGCGAAACUGCUUACGUUGCAAUAUUACAAUAACAAAUAUGGAGGACAAGAUUUAGCCAAUAAACCUAAACUUUAAAGAACUUUUUUCGGUGACCCCAGUGAUUUUUUUGGCCGAGAAAAUGUUGACAAAACAUCGACGAAUAUAUCGCAGAGAGUUGCAGUGUGUAUGGCUCGGUGUAUGGGAUAAAAACCAAACAUACAGGUUCGGUGAGUCCGGAAUUGGACGCACCUGGGCUGGCUGGAAGUUUCCCGAACUCCCUUCGCUCGGUAAGUUUGGGAAACUUCCAGCCACCCUCGGUGGAUCCAAUUCCGGACUCACCUCCAUGCAAGUAUGGUUGUUAUAAAGCGGACCAGUAAGAUUAAGGCAUAAAAAAAUUACCUGUGGUUCCGGUUUCAUAUCGUGAAAAAAUUAGGGUCGGUACCGGUAGGUCGGAAAUAAAUUUUUUUUGAAUAUUGCUUUUAUGGUUUUGGCGGGUUUUUGUUGGGCGAUUUGCAGUAGAAUCCCAACAUCAAUAUUAAGUAGAGAUACCUAUUUCCUAUGGACGAAUUUAGGCAAUUUCGUUCAAUAAUUAGUGUGGCAACAGAUGCCAUUUUGGCACGCUAUAUGAGCGGCCUGCAACCACCUGGAGAAAAUAGGGUCGCACAGUCAAUCGCGUUGAAAAAAUAAUAGGGUCUGAAGUUUGUAGGCUGAGGGUGGUUUGAAAAGAAGAUUGUUCUUUUGAAACACAUCUACGCCAGGCUCGAAAAUAUGCACUAGGAGCAGUGUAAAGCCUUUCUUCAACAUGGGCUGACAAUGAUUCAGAGAAUUUCAAAAAAAUUAAAAGGACAGUGUUAAAUUUAAAAGCAUAUUAACUUGAUUUACCAGUACAGCAGAUGCUUGGAGUCAAAAUGAAGUUGAAAAAAAUUCCAAUCAAAACGUUUCCAAUUGGUCGGCAUUUUUCUGAUCAAUUUUGAACAUAGCAAAAAAUAUGUGGUUCAGGUUUCAUAUCCUGAAAAAAGUCUGAUAGGUAGGUCGGAAAACAGAUUUUCUUCAAAUAUUUUUUGGCUUGACAUUGGUCAGCAAUUGCCCACUGACAACAUAUAAACAUUUCAAGAAGCAAUAACUGUGGGCAACAGAAAAUAUAUUUAGCAUCAAGUUACAUGAUAAAGCAAACAACAAAAAAUAGGAUAGGUUGGUAAGCAAACAACCCAACCACAUCUCGAAAAAAAAAUCUGGAAAAUAUAUUUUUUGAUGGACUGGAAAAGAUAUUUUUUGUGUAAACCUCUGGUGCUCCGCACAUGUUCAUAUUGAGUUUUUCAAGCUAUUCACAUCCUCCGUAAAAUUCUCAUAAAUAUUUGUAGAUAUACACUGCAAGAAUGUUGCAAGCCCCUGCCUCAAGAUCUCAUGAUUAUGAAAAAUGGACACAUUCCAAGAUCCUGAAUAAGAGGUAAAUUAUUUUUCUUCUAAUUAUUUCUAACUUCUUUGUAUUUCUUGGACAAUUUUUGUUGUAAUAUAUUAAUUUGUUUAAUGUACUUAAUAGUGAGUUCUUAAAAUUUUCUAGAUGUGUGUUGCAAUUUCCAAGAAUGUCUCAAGUUUGUUGGCUGAAGUGUUUUUGAUCACAAAUAUGAACACCAUCAUUGGAAAGUAUAUAAAAGGUCUUAAUAUUUUCCUGUCUUAUCUUACAUGAAAUGCUUUGAACAUUAUGUGAUUGCUUGUGAUCAAUAGUUUCAAAAAUCCCAGCGGAAUAUUGCAAAAAUAGCAUGACCAUCUUACUUACCGUAUGACACAAAAUUCAACAAAAAUAACAAACACUAUCUUUACGCCUAAAUAUGGUGAGUGCACAAUACUGCAAUUUUUUAUUCUAUUAUUACACCACUAUUUCGACUUGUAUUAAUUUGGAAAAUCUCAGUUUUGUGGUUCCUCGAUUACUUGAUUAAGUUUUGUGUUGUCACUGAUCACAGAAAGUCUAUAAUUUUCAAAGCAUAAGCAUUUUAUGAGCAAGCCAGAAAAUGACAAACUGUGUUUUGAAAAAUUGUGUUUAAUUAACAGUGACGAUUCAAUUUGGGCAUGCAUUUUAUCUGUUCGACAUGAUAGCUAAAUCUUAAAGGACAAAACAUAUAAAUUUGUACUUUAUCUGUGUUCUAUCUGAGAACAUAGUUGUUUCUACAUAUUUCCAAAUUACGUGUUUGUCAAAUAUAAAAAAAUGAAAAGUUUGUCAUUAUUUGGCUUUUUACAUCAGUUAAACAUUGAGAAGAUUGAGGUGUUUUUAUUAGAAACCAAAACGGCCACUUACAAAUAAGACAUGCAACUUUAUUAGUUUUAAUUCAGGAUUUUCUUUUAGUCAUCUUUAGAACAUGUUUCGGUACUAAUUUGGAGUAUGUUUUCAUUAAAGGAUUAAAAGAACAUUGAUUAAAAUUUGUC